UUCUAUACCACACCACGUCGCCACUUCCUAUCAUCGGUUCAGCUCUAAUCAAUUACACUCCACACUACCGUCGUCGAAGGAUCCUGACAACGUCGUCGCAUUUACCCACGAUGCCCCGUGCGGCGCCAUCCUCUGCGGGGCCCUCCUCGGGCUCGUCGACCCCGGCCAAAGGCAGACCCAGGAGCACGGCUCCUGCAAAUGCACGCAAUGCUCGUGUGCCGGUGGAACGUCGAGCGCCAGCGGAACGGCGUGCGCCAGCGGGCGGUAAUCGCAGAUCACGCUCAGGAUGCUUUACCUGUCGUGGACGGAGGAAGAAAUGUGAUGAGACCCGGCCAAUCUGCAAGGCAUGCUCCAAGCUUGGACUCAAGUGUGACUAUAAGACGCCAAACUGGUGGGCUACACCUGAGCUACGCCGGACGCAGAUGGGCAGGAUAAAGUCGAGGAUCCGCCAGACCACGGUUAUGGGCAGGGAUAAUACCCUGCAAGAAUACAUGGAGAGUAUCAGGGCCCUUUCCCAGCUGACUCCUGAGCCGUCGGACUUCGACUUCACUUCAAUGCUUGGAGAGGGGUACAACCCUCUCUCGGGGCCUUCGGAUCCUCUCACCCCCAUCUCGCCUUUCGAUGUCAACGUGUCCACUUCGUGCCAGUCCUUUGCCUUGCCGGCACAGAAUGACUUCACGUCUUCGUUUCCUCUCUCGACUCCCGUCACUGGCUCUUUCCCUGGCUCUGUCUCUGGUGCUGUCGCUGGUCCUGUCUCUGGUGCUGUCUCUAGCGCUGUCUCUGGUUCUGUCCCCGGCUCUGUCUCCAAUUCUGUCGCCACUGCUGUCCCCAACGCUGUCCCCAGCUCUGUCAUUGAUUCUGCUCCCGUCUCUGUCCAUGGCGCUGUCCCUGGUGCUGUCCCUGGUCCAUCAUCGGGUCCUUCCCUGGCUCUUUCUGGUACGCCAUACGGCUUCUCGGGCACGUCGCUGGAUUCAACCAUGAGUACAACCUUUCCUCUGCCAUCUGGUCCCUCUGCCGGGCUCGCACCGGUGCAGAAUACUUCCUUUGGGCUCAUGAACCCUCCGAAAUCGUCACCCGCAGCUCCACUACCGGUCCCGGGCCCGAUCGCACCUGGCCAAAUGGCUAAUCCGAACAUGCCCACCACCUGGGUCCAAGGCAGUUCCAGCCAGGUUAAGCCGUACAACCCCGUGUCCCCAGGGUUUGGGUACCCGAACCGAUCCUUGUCCGCAUAUCUCCAGGCUCUGAUCCCUCUCAACGACACCGACCGUCCACUCCUGGAUCACUUCAUCGACCAGGUCGUACGGGUGGUGCUUCCUAUCCCUGAUAUCUAUCCAGGAAACCAGGUACACAUGAGGGAAAUCGUGGGGUCGAUGCAGAACAACCGGUCCUAUCUUCAUUGCUGUCUCAGCAUGUCCGCCAUCCACCUCAAGUCCAGCAUGGGUCUCGAAGAUCAGAUGGAUCCCGACAUCAUGGAGCAUCGCUAUACCGCCAUCGGGUAUCUCUCAAGGGCUGUGCGGACCGGGGAUGGGAAAGACAAGGUGCUGAACGGCACGCUCGCCAUGAUCUUCUACCACUGCGCCGUCUGCACCAAGGAGCAAUACCUGCCUGACAUUCCGUGGAGCCAGCACUUCUCCGCGGUGAUCAACUGCGUCAAGAAGCUCAACUGCAAGCCAUCGCCGUUCAAUGUGUCCUUGAUCGCCUGGAUCGACAUCUUCGGUGCCACCAUGACGGGCAGAACGCCCGAGUUCGCUCACACGUACCGCACCAAGCACCUGCGGGGUAUUGGAUCGGGUCUUGAGAGACUGAUGGGCUGUGAUGACCGGAUCAUGUAUCUGAUCUCGGAGAUCGCAUGUCUCGAGUCCCUGAAGCUCGAAGGUCAUAUGGACGAGCUCACUCUCAGCGGUCAUAUCUCUGCUCUGAAUAACCAGAUCCAAUGGACUGAGCCCUCGAAUCCGAGUUUCGACCCCGUCUACGAGCUCGAUGGAAAGAUCAACCCCGACAAUCUGAUCAAGAUCCUCACCGCGGUCUUCCGCAUCGGAGCUCGCAUCUAUCUCUACAGUCUCAUUCCGGGCUUCAGCCAUCACGAUGGCUCCAUCAUGAACAUGGUCGGCUCCAUGGCAGAUACUCUCUCGUACCUCCCCCUAGGCCCUACCGGCUUCGACCGUUGUCUGGUUUGGCCAUUGUUCAUGGCGGGGGUCCACUCCGUGCAGUCCAGCCACUUCCGAAGGGUCUUGACCGAGAGAGUGGUGUCCUUGGGUUACCUUGGUGACUUUGGCAGUUUCGGACAGAUGUAUCGGGUGCUGAAGGAGGUCUGGAAGACCGCUGAGGGCCCUCUCAUCACCAUCUCCAGCGACGCCGACGCCGACGCCCAAAAGGGGAGAUUCAACUUCCCCCCUCCAGGGGCUGCUGGCCCGUCGACCGCGCCUCAGGAGUACGAGGGGCUUCAGGCACCCCCCGUCGAAGACGUCCACUGGCGGGCCGUCAUGAAGCGCAACGAAUGGAACUGGCUGCUCAUGUAAGUACGGGCAGGAAGUGUGCUGGCACCUGGGGCAAGGAAAAUGGGCAGGCAGGCCUCUUUGGAUGUUUCUCGGCCUUGGGAGUUGACAUCCCACCGACACGUUUUCCAUUCAGUGUUGUUUUUUGUUCUGUUUCU